UGCAGUACCUGCGACCUAAAAGAAGCUUUGCCAUGGGCUGGGACAUGAAUAUCUCCACUGAUUACUGGACUGAGGAUGAGGAGGAGCAUGACCCUAACUCUGUUGUAGAUUACAACUCAUAUGAGCUUCUCUGUGAAAAAAGUGAUGUGAGAAAUUUCAGUAAAUUAUUUCUCCCUGUGUUCUAUGCAUUGGCUUUCACUGUUGGCAUGGCUGGGAAUUCACUGGUGGUGGCAGUUUAUGCCUACUGCAAGAAACCAAAGGCUAAGACAGAUGUGUACAUCAUGCAUUUAGCCAUUGCUGAUUUGCUCUUGCUCUUUACACUCCCUUUUUGGGCUGCAAAUGCAGUGCAAGGAUGGGAACUUGGAAACCCAAUGUGCAAGCUCACUUCUUCUCUGUACACCAUGAAUUUCAGCUCUAGCAUGCUGUUCCUGGCCUGUAUCAGUGUGGAUAGAUACAGGGCCACUUCUGAAUGCCGGGGUCAUAGAAGAGUUGGUAAACACUGCAGUGUUACCUGCAUCUGCAUCUGGCUCUCUGCUGUUUUGCUCAGCAUCCCUGAACUGAUAUUUAAUCAAGUCAAGAAACACAAUGACAGAAAUGAAUGCCUUCCUGUAUUUCCAAUGAACAUGGAAACACUCUUAAAAGCAGCCAUUCAAAUCCUGGAAAUUAUCCUGGAAUUUGUGCUUCCUUUCAUAGUAAUGCUGAUCUGUUAUUCAGCUACUGCUCGAGCAAUCUUUAGAUCUGCAAAUAAUAGAAAAUCUAGACCCUUCAUGGUUCUGCUGGCAGUCGUGGCUACUUUCAUUAUUACUCAGCUACCUUACAACAUUGUUAAGUUCUGGCGAGCCAUAGAUUUCAUCUACAUGUUGAUUACUGACUGUGAUGCAAGUAAAACCAUAGACAUUGCACUCCAGGUCACCAAGAGCAUAGCUCUGUUUCACACCUGCCUGAACCCUCUUCUCUAUGCCUUUCUGGGUGCCUCUUUUAAAAUGCAUAUUAUGAAAAUUGCAAAAAAUUAUGGAUACUGGAGAAGACAACAGCAGAAUGGAAGACCUGAAGAAAUUUCUAUGAAUUAUGAAGACCAUACUGAAGAAACUAUUAGUUUCACUAUAUAGACUCUCCAUUACUUUAUAUUAUUUUAUAUAACCAAGUGUAUUAUUUACUAAUUCUUGAAGUAUUGUUUCAGCAGCUGUUUCUCUACAAGUCAACUUUCAGAUUAAUUUCUGAAUCUGCAGACUAGCCAAGACACUACAGUGCAGUUCAAAGUAGAACAUACUGACCAAAAUUAAGCAUCAGGCAAGAACUAAAUACUGAAAUCCCUAGAAACAAGGAGAGAUUAUUUAUUUAAAAAACAAACAAACAAAAAGAACCACAGCAAGACCCAAACACCUAGAAGCCCUCAAGUUCUAAAUGUAAAAGGAUCACAGUACCAGGCACUUAAAUAGCUAUGUAACGAACAAUCUCUGUAAACAUUCUAAACAUACAAAUAAAGAAGAAAAAAUCAUCACUAAAAAAGCAGUACAGGAACAGUUCCAAAUGUUAACAAUCUU